GUUGCAGGCGGUUCCGGAGAUUAUUGGAACUUUUUGUGCUCUGAGUCGUGAAGGCGGCAGCGAACUGACGUCACUUCGGAUGGUUAGGAGUAGAUGAUCGAUCAGCAUGGGACUGUGCUUCGCUUCUGAAGUUCCAGAAGAGGAGAGGAAGGCCCGGAUCCACAGUUCCCGGAUAGACCGGGACCUGCAUGAGGCCGCCAAACGGGACCUGAAUGUGGUGAAAAUUCUGCUGCUCGGUGCAGCAGAGAGCGGGAAAAGCACUUUGGUCAAACAGAUGAAGAUCAUCCACGGUAACGGCGUCACCCAGCAGGAGCUCCGCAGGUUCAAGCCUGCUGUCCUGGAUAACCUCCUGACCUCCAUGAAAUUUGUCCUUCAUGGUAUGGGCGUCCUCCACAGCGACCUGACCGACGGCAACAACAAGAACUCCUCCCUCUAUCAUAACUUCUCCCCUUCCCCUCUAGAACUCCUCCCUCGAUUCAAGAACUUCUCCCUUCUCCUUAUACGCAUUCCUCUGUAUCAUAUCUUCUCCGCUAUUCAAUACUUCUCCCCCUUGCCCCUCUAUAACUCCUCCCUCUAUUCAACAACUUCUCCCCCUUCCCCUCUAUAA